AUGAAAGUUUUCUCUCUCGUCGCCGCCUCUCUCGCUGUUACCGCCACAGCCUUUGACAUCAAGCCCACUGGAAACGCUCGUCGUGACUUCCUCUCCAAGACCGUUGCCACUGCCGGUGUUGCCUUCCUCGGAGGAUCUGCCGCUGCCAAUGCUGCUGUCCCUUUCGCUGAUGAGUGUGACAAGGAGCCCUCCGAGUUUGCCAGCAUUGCUGCGUGCUUCGGGGACAGCAAGGAAAUGACACCAUCCGAGCAAGCCUACGCUGACUAUCUCAUGACCAAGAUGAAGAUUCCCCAGGACAACCAGCCUGUCAAAUCCAAGGAAACAACCCUUCGCUUUGGAGGGGAGAAGCUCCGAAACAAGGAGCAUGUGCUCUAA